AUGAUGAACCUGCUUGAGGAUCAUGUGGAAUGGUCAGAAGAGCAGGAAGCCAGUGCCAGGAGUAAAGUUGAAGACAACAGUUCCCAGCUGCUGCCACCAGACAAACAAGAGGAAUAUGAGGUGAAUGCCAAGAGGUACUGGGAUGACUUUUAUAAAAUCCAUGAAAAUGGUUUCUUCAAGGACAGGCACUGGCUGUUCACUGAAUUUCCUGAGCUGGCUCCAAACAGCAACCCAGGGCAAAAUGGGAAUUCUGUGCGUGACUUUAGGAACCAAGAAGGAUCCAACCAUGGAGGGCUUGGAAGCUGUGAAAAUGGACACUGUUCAUUGGAAAGCAGGGCAGAGAAUGAGUUAAACCUGAUGAAGAGCACAGCUGAGAUGUGCACAGAGGAGCUGGUUCCACAGCAGUGCAGGGAGCUGAAGGAAAGGGAUGGAGAUUACCCGGGAUCAUCGGCAUCUUACCGGAUAUUGGAGGUUGGCUGUGGUGCUGGAAAUACAGUCUUCCCAAUCUUACAAACCAACAAUGACCCAGGCCUUUUUGUUUAUUGCUGUGAUUUUUCUGCAACCGCCGUGGAUCUUGUCCAGACCAAUGCAGAGUAUGAUCCCUCUCGUUGCUUUGCCUUUGUCCAUGACCUGUGCAACGACCAGAGUCCUUUCCCAAUGCCAGCCCAGAGUCUUGACGUGGUCAUUCUUAUCUUUGUCCUCUCAGCUAUUCUCCCAGAGAAGAUGCAAGGCAUUGUGGACAGACUGAGUCGCCUCCUAAAGCCAGGAGGGAUGAUUUUGUUACGAGAUUAUGGCCGAUACGACCUGGCCCAGCUCAGGUUUAAGAAAGGUCAAUGUCUGUCUGAUAACUUCUAUGUGAGAGGUGAUGGCACCAGAGUCUACUUCUUCACACAAGAUGAACUGGAUGAUCUCUUCACAAGAGCUGGGCUGCAGAAGAUCCAGAACCUGGUAGAUCGACGCCUGCAGGUGAACCGGGGGAAGCAGGUGACCAUGUACAGGGUGUGGAUCCAGUGCAAGUACCGCAAGCCCGAGGCCCCGCAGCUCUGA